AUGCAACGGCCGACCUACGCCAAUUCCCCGCCAUUGCACCACCCCGUGCCCCAGCACGUCAGCACCGUUCCCCAGCUCCGCUCGCCUCCUCCGCCGGUUCCUCCGCAGGCCCAGGCCCAGGCUGCCAACAGCUAUGGAUACCCCCAGGGCGUCCAUCCCGCCUUUGGCGGCUUCAUGAGCGACCCCACCGCCCAGAUGGGCUUCCAGCUCGGCAAGACCGCCAUGGAUGCUGGCCAUCAGUACAUGGAGCAGAACUUCAAAAACUACGUCAACGUCAGCGCCUUGAAGCGCUACUUCAACGUCAGCAACUCGUACGUCGUCAACAAGCUCUAUAUCGUCCUCUUUCCCUGGCGCCACAGGCCGUGGGUGCGCCAGAACCAGGAUGGCUUCUUCAUGCCCCCGAGAGAGGAUAUCAACAGCCCGGACAUGUAUAUCCCAGUCAUGGCUUUUGUCACCUAUAUUCUUCUUUCGACCCUCCUUGCCGGCCUCCGCGGCGCCUUCCACCCGGAAUUGCUAGGUCUUACUGCCACCACGGCAUUCGCCGUCGUCAUAUUUGAGAUUAUGGGCCUAAAACUUGGGUGCUACCUCUUGAGCAUCAGCAACGAGUCGCAACUGCUGGACCUGGUGGCCUAUUCCGGCUACAAGUUUGUUGGUAUCAUAGUCACGCUCGUCUUGGCGGAGAUCUUCAACAAAGGCGCAGGCACUGGAGGCCUGAUUGGGUGGUCCAUUUUCUUAUACACCUACUUUGCGAACGCCUUCUUUUUGCUUCGCUCUCUGAAAUAUGUGCUACUCCCCGAUACCUCCCCGAACACGAGCAGCGGUGCCAGCUACACAGUUGCACGAUCCCAGCGCAACCGCCGCACUCAGUUCCUCUUCAUUUACUCCUACGUUGUGCAGUUUGUUUUUAUGUGGGUUCUUAGUCGGCAGGAUCCCACCAAACCCGCCGCCAAGGCAUGA